AUGGCACCAGAAUCUCUCAGCCGCGAAGGAUCAUGGAAGAAAAGACCAGCACCCAUCCAGGUUUCUGAAAAAGAGCUGCCGUCAUCCAUUCCACCUCAAACAGGGCUUACUUUCAAUGUAUGGUACAACAAAUGGUCGCAGGGGAAUACCGGACGGAGCCGGUUUGUGAGUCCCUAUAAACUGGAUACUGAAUCUCACGAGGGCUAUACGCGGGGAGACAAAACAAAACGGGCAUUUUUCUGCCUCUACUUCACUAAGGGCAUGUGUUGCCUUGGCAAGAGAUGUGAGUACCUACACCAUGUCCCCAAUGCAGAAGACAUAGCUAGGCUUUCGCUACAAUCCGAUGUGAUAGACUGCUUUGGACGUGAAAAACACGGGAGCUACCGCGAAGAUAUGGGGGGUGUGGGCUCAUUUCGUAAAAAAAAUCGAACAUUAUACGUGGGAGGCAUCACAGGAGCUUUGAAUGACCUCGCUUUGAAAGCUGGACAGGUGGAAAACCGUAUACGAUUCUCAUUUGGUAAGUUAGGUCCAUUGGAAAGAAUACGAUACGUAGAAACUAAAAAUUGUGCGUUUGUGAAGUAUAAGCACCAAGCCAGCGCCGAGUUCGCUAAAGAAGCCAUGAGCAAUCAAACGCUACUGAUACCGUCAGACAAGGAAUGGUCCGAUAGACGUGAAGGUACCGGACUUUUGGUGAAGUGGGCUAACGAUGAUCCCAGCCCCGAAGCACAACGUCGAGAAAAAGAACAACAAGACCAAGAAUCGCUUAAAGUGAUGUUGGACUUACUGGAGAAAAAUGAUGCCAAGAUAGCCGAUGCGUCGACCGAUAAUACACCCUCAAAGAAACGAUUGCUUGAAAGCCCCGAAGCGGAUAAUAACUCAUUCCAAAGAUCAAUAUUCGGUAGCUUGUCUAAGAACAAUCUGAAUAGGCUUAAAAAGCUAAAAGCGGAAAAGCCAGCCACGGACAGAGCAAAUCAGUCAUCCCCAGCGAGCCUCGUGGAUUAUCCCUCCUCAGACGAGGAUUAG